AUGAAAUUAGCACUCGCCACUUCCCUCUCCCUGUUGGUAGCUCUGGUGCUCGUGACUUCGCGCUCCUCGGCGGCCCCAUCAACCUCCAGCAGCAGCAUCACCGGCAGCCACAUGAAACCAUCGUUUUCCAAUCGGGUCAUACUCAUCCGACAUGCUGAAAAGGGCUUCAGCCCUGCUGUUUCCAAUCCAAACUCUGUCAAUAGCGCGCCCUCGGACUCAGCAGUCUCAUCGUCUAGGGGGGGAAGCUGGUGGAGCUGGUUAUGGGGGUUCCCAAGUCGUCCUCCUCGGGCGUCCGCGCCGCUCGAUCGUGGUCCACCCGGAGAUGACAGGGGGAGGGGACCUCCUGGUCGAGGUGGUGGUGGUCAAGGUGGGCCAAGAUGGCCUGGCCGAGGCAAAUUUCCCAAUGGUCUUAGCGAGAAGGGCAAGGAGCGGGCGCAGUAUAUCCGUACCUACUUUGGAAACGACUCGGAGUUUGACAUCGGGUUGAUAUUCGCCGCUCCUCGGGAGGGCGAAGGUGAGAAGGAAGCAGAGAGAACUUAUGCGACUGUUGCGCCGCUUGCCAAGGAUCUGGGGCUGGAGAUCAACAUUGCAUGUGCCAACUCCGCAGCGAGCUGCAUCUUGCAGUAUGUCCAAGAAUUCGCUCAGGCUUCAAACGCGGACAUCCUCAUCAGCUGGAAACACCGUGACCUCAAUACCAUAGCGACCGCCUUGGGAGCUACGAACGCUCACCGUAUCUACCCGGACGAGCGUAACGACGUAGUAUGGAUCAUGUCCAAUGGUCAAAUUGUGGAGAAACGCUCUAUGCACUGUCCCGGUCUGGACGACGAUAGGGUCGACCAAGGGGAUCCAGAUCUCGAAGUCGAGCAGCCUAGGGACAGUCUAUCGUGGACAGAGUGGUUGAGCUCUUGGGCCGGCUUGAAGUAUAUCUGGGGAGCUCAGCGAAAGGUCGUGACCGUCGAUAGUUUGUAG